AUGUUCUCCUACCUUCACGGCAUACGGCCCAACAACAGACGCUCAGCUAUCCCACAAGCUUCCCCUCCCUCCCAAAGUACUGCCUCAAGAUACUAUCAUGAGGGCUUUCCACCACCCCAAGGUCCUCCAACCUUCAACCUGGAUCCCCCGCGUCCACGAUCCUCUCAAACCAACAGUCUCAAUGACUCGCCCGUCUCACCCAAUCCCCCAGUAUUGCCACCAAUACCACGCGUUGCUUCCCAAAGAGAUUCGGAAAGAGCAGAGGCAAGAGAUGCUUGGACUCACAGAGAAGAACCUGCACCUUCGGAACCCCAAAAGCGCCCCCCACAACAAGUUCCAUCAGUCCCACCAGUACCUGUGCCGAGCAACAGCUGCAGUACCUCAAUGGCACCGAAAGAUCACCCGAAUAGAACAUCUGGAGGCUUUGGGACCGGGACAUUACCGACGCAUUCAGAUCAAAGCCAACCCCAGAUUUCUACAGGCAGGCCAAGGCGGCCAAUAGAUGCAGCUUACGAGUCCAUGCGAUCUUACAGCGAGCCGCUUGGUCGACAAUCUUUACGAACUGCGCCAGAAAGUCAACUAUAUAUUCCUGAACCGUUACGGCGCCCUCCACCACCACCGCCAAAACACUCCCAUCACGAACCUGAACACCAACGGCAGGCUCCACCUCAGCCCGGCAAGCCCCAUCACCAAGCGCAGCCAACGACAAGUCAGAACCGUUAUGCCAAGACUAGGCUCAAUCUUCUCAAUCCAAUGUCUCUUCUGGCGCGUCGAAGGUCGUCCCAAGCAGUGGAAGAAGCAUAUUCACAGAGUCAGACUACAUCUGGCAUGCGGCUGCCGGAUGACUAUGACCCAAGGAUACGUGGUAAAUUAGUUCACGACUUCAGUGCUCCUCGGCCAGGCCGCAACAAUUCGUCCAGUGAAUCCAGUAUACCAAUAGUACAGACCAAGGAAAAGGGAGGGUCGUCGGAAAUUAGCCAAAAAAGGAUCUCUCCAAACCCGGGUUCUUCAUUCCUAGAGGACGAAAGCCCUAGCAGCACCGAGAGAGAGCAUACUCCAGUCUUUAAGGAGAACUUUGACGAUAACAUAGAGGCAUGGCAUGACGAUCUUGACAGUCCCGCCAAACGGCGGACGUCAGCAUUCAUGUACAAGAUGUCUCUCCAAGAGUCUCGGCCAGAACCAGAUCCAUCGUCCUUGCCGGCUUUCGCACGUGCACUGCCCCCGAAAGUGCCCCCCAAGGCCGGUCAAACAUUUUCAAGCAGUAUCGACGCCAUUCGGAAAACCUCUUCUCCCCCUCCAAGGCCUCCUCUUGACAAGGUGCUGGAAACUCCCCUCCCAAACCAAGAAUCUGCUCAACCAUAUCCAGCUAUGUCGCCACCAAAAGCUCGAUCUCGAUCUACUUCGCUUUCCGAUCCGAAUUUCGAAGGUCCAGGAUCUCCACGUCGCUACAAAAGCAACGCGUCUCGUUUCAGCUUCGACCUUGCCGGCGUAGGCUCAGCUGCUCAGGAACAGCUACUGGAAGAGAGGCACCGGCAGCAGAAAGCCAAACGGAAACAACGUGAGAGUGUACUCUCUGAUGGCAAUGAAUUGUAUGACGAGGAUGAAUAUGCUGAUUAUGGUGACAUGGAGGACGAUGAUGGCUUGGAGGAAAAGAUACCCGGCGUCAAUGCUGAUGAUGAAGACUUCGAAUUGCCUGUCAUGCAACAAGCCCCAGAGUUGAACUUUAUACUACCUAACAAGUCUCCGCUCGACAGCGACUCCGGUCCUGUGAGCACAGGUCUCACUUCACCGGGCACGCUGCGCGACAGUCAAAGUCAGCCGAAUGGCGUUGUAGUCUUAAAUGCGUCACCGAAAUUAGCCCAGCUACAGCUCGAAGUAUUUCAGAGUCCAUCGAAAGAGGAAAACUCGCGUCCGAAAUCCGUCCCUGGUGUAGCAAGUGAUCCAGGUUUCAACGUACAGCCUCUGCCACGAGAGACUGCAUCCGAAAGCAAUCUCGUUGGUUUGCCAAGCCGUUAUGAAUGUCAAGAUUAUGAUGAUGAUAUGUACUUCGAUGAUGGAAUGAUCGAAGACAUCGAUGAUGGAGAGAAUCAAGGCUUUGAUGAAUCAGUGUUCGAUGACGAUACGAGCAGAGUGUAUGGACUGCCGCUGAGAGAUUUGAAGCCUCUACCGGCGCCUCAAAACCCAAACAACCUUAUGAUAGGCCAGACCAAAGGACAAGAAACUCAUGUGGCUCGCCAGCCCUUGAACAAUCAUGACCCUAGACAUCCUACCCUGCCAGAAUCGCCAGAAGAUGAUGCUACUGCGGCCGAAUUGAGGGACUCAGUAACAGAUCUGAAGCAGCCGACGCGACGAAGCUUUAGCCAAGCUGCUGGUCUUACGCAAGACAACCUGGGCCUACAUGAUCAACUAGCAAUGGCGGCCAAUCAAGCAGAGCUCGCUGGACGGUUUCAGCGGUCCUACAGUCUGGCAAGCACCCAUGAGUCCAACGAUGGUCUCGAGCCUUCGGCGCAGAUGCAUGGAUAUAACACCCAAAUGACCCUGCCUGUGAACAGUCUCUCAGGGCCUAGGAUGAGUGAAGAUGCCGAAAAUUUCGCCUUUGAUGACGCCCACAUGGGCUUCGACGAUGAAGAAGCCGACGACACAAUCAUUGCAGCCGCUAAUGCCGAAGCUCUCGAGAACGACGAUGACGGGUUUUACGGCCAAGAAUUUGGUUUCUUCGCUCGUGCAUCCGGCUUCAACGAAUCCGAAUACGUGAAUGGUGGUUAUUUUGGCCCCCGAGUGCUCGAGGGUAUCCACAGGAUGAACAGUGGCCGUGAAAACAAGGAUCCCAGUCUCACGCCAAUCACGGAACGGAGCGAAUGGAGCAACCGCAACUCUGCCAUCUCAGUUGCCAUGCACGGCUAUCCUCUUUCGGCGCAAUAUCCGUCGAAUCCGCAAUUAGCAAGCUUAAUGAAUCUUCCCGAAGACGAGAUGUCGCUCGAAGCACUGCAGAAACUGCGCCGUGGAGCCUGGGAUGGCAGUAACGGCAGUCUGCAAAGUAGCAUCAAUAGUCAAAACAGCGGCUCGCCGCUAACCUUUCUCCAACAAGGCAUGAUGGUUCCGUCACUGCUACAACCAGCGGACGGUAACGGACACAAUGUCAACGCCAGCAACCAAAACCUCGCAGGCUCUUUCCACAGCUUUUCCUCCAGUAACGGGCAUCCGUCCUCAGUCGACAGUGAUUCUUCUCCUUUGCUCGAAAGUCCCACCAUAACUCUCUCCACCUCUCAACCCGGCCUCUACAUACCACAGACGAUGGAUGCGCCACCGCCUCCACCAGCUGACAGUACGUCACCAGUGAGGAGGAGUGCCAUUAUUGGGAAAAGUCCUUGGGCGCCGAGUCAUAGUAGGAAUAGCAGUGGAGCAGAAAGUGUGAGUUACAGGGAAGAAGGUGGAAAUUGGGUAUGUGAGAAACGAAGAGUGGAUGCGACAGGGGAGAUAGAGGUGUUCGGGAGGAGUGUUGUUGAAGGAGGAAGGAUAUGA